AUGUUGUGCCUGCUCUUUUUUCUGGUGACUGCUAUUCAUGCUGAACUCUGUCAACCAGAUGGAGAAAAUGCUUUUAAAGUAAGACUUAGUAUCAGAACAGCUCUGGGAGAUAACGCAUAUGCCUGGGAUACAAAUGAGGAAUAUCUCUUCAAAGCAAUGGUGGCUUUCUCCAUGAGGAAAGUUCCCAACAGAGAAACGACAGAAAUUUCCCACGUCCUAGUUUGCAAUGUAACCCAGCGAGUGUCAUUCUGGUUUGUGGUUACAGAUCCUUUGAAAAAUCACACCCUUCCUGCUGUUGAGGUACAGACAGCCAUAAGAAUGAAUAGGAACCGGAUCAACGGUGCCUUCUUUUUGAAUGACCAGACUCUUGAAUUUUUAAAAAUUCCGUCCACUCUUGCACCACCCACCGACCCAUCUGUGCCCAUCUGGAUUGUUAUAUUUGGUGUGAUAUUUUGCAUUGUCAUAGUUGCAGUCAUGCUAUUGAUUUUAUCAGGAAUCCGGCAACGUAGAAGGAUGAGCAAAGGACCAACUGAAGUGGAUGACUCUGAAGAUAAGUGUGAAAACACGAUCACAAUUGAGAAUGGCAUCCCCUGUGAUCCCUUGGACACUAAGGGAGGGCACAUUAACGAUGCCUUCAUGACAGAGGAUGAGCGGCUCACCCCUCUCUGA